UUUCCUGCACCGCUCUUGCCCUUCUCCCGUGGCCCGUGCCCGUGUCCGCUCACGGGGCGCAAUUUGCGGGCGGUCACGGAGCCGCCGGCGUUCUCCGGCGCUGGUUAAUUAGCGCUGACCUUCACCGUAAGGACUGGCAAAACAAAAGGAGUAACUGGAGAACUUCUCGGCGCUUUCUCAGCCCGUGGGAAGGCCACGCUUUGUGUUUAUGCAACGCACAAUACACGUGUGUAUGUGUGUGUCCUUGAGCAGGGAUUAAGUGUGACAAGAACGAAACCUUGUUAAAGUGUUGGUAAUUCCAUAUUAACUCGAAGCCUUCUGUAAUCUCCAGCAGCAGAAAGCGGAGGGGCACGUUGUUGUGUUGCCUCUGGGCUCUGGGUUUUCCUGCUGCUGCCUCAGCAGGAUAAAACCCAUGAUGUGACUUCAGUGACUUGUCAUUUCUCAAAAUUAUUGUGACUGAAUCCCUUUUUUCCCUUUCAAAAGCUGAUCCUGGGAUCAACAUAUCUUACUGCAUAUAAAUAAGCUGUUGCCACACUCCCUGUACCAGCAAUGGCAGCUUCCAGCAGCAGCAGCAGCGAGGAGGAGCGGAGCCUCCGGGAAUGUGAACUUUACAUCCAAAAACACAACAUCCAGCAACUGCUGAAGGAUUGCAUUGUACAGUUAUGCACAGUGAGACCUGAAAGACCCAUGGGAUUCAUCAGAGAGUACUUUGAGAGAUUGGAGAAGGAGGAAACAAAGCAGUUGUUGAAUCAGCUGAAGUCUGGUUCUCGCUCUGACUCCCGGGAGGAUGAGAUCUCCCCUCCUCCUCCCCUCAACCCUGUGGUUAAAUAUCGAUCACGACGUGGGGCCAUCAGUGCAGAAGUCUACACAGAAGAGGAUGCUGCAUCUUAUGUUAGAAAGGUUAUUCCAAAGGAUUACAAAACCAUGGCUGCUUUGGCAAAAGCAAUUGAGAAGAAUGUGCUGUUUACCCAUCUUGAUGAUAAUGAGAGGAGUGACAUCUUCGAUGCGAUGUUCCCUGUCACUUACAUCGCAGGAGAGACUGUCAUCCAGCAAGGUGAUGAAGGUGAUAACUUCUAUGUUGUUGAUCAAGGAGAAAUGGAUGUUUACGUGAACAGUGAGUGGGCCACCAGUGUGGGUGAGGGUGGGAGCUUUGGAGAGCUCGCUCUCAUCUACGGCACCCCCCGAGCUGCCACCGUCAAAGCCAAGACCAAUGUCAAGUUGUGGGGCAUUGACAGGGACAGCUACAGAAGGAUCCUGAUGGGAAAUACUUUGAGAAAGAGAAAUAUGUAUGAGAAGUUCCUUAGUAAAGUAUCUAUAUUGGAAUCUCUGGACAAGUGGGAGCGUCUGACUGUGGCUGAUGCCUUGGAACCGGUACAGUUUGAGGAUGGGCAGAAGAUUGUGGUCCAGGGAGAGCCAGGAGAUGAGUUCUUCAUUAUCUUGGAGGGCACAGCUGCAGUGUUACAGCGCCGGUCAGAAAAUGAGGAAUUUGUUGAAGUGGGCAGACUGGGACCUUCUGAUUACUUUGGUGAGAUUGCUCUGCUGAUGAACCGUCCUCGUGCUGCCACCGUCGUGGCUCGUGGCCCCUUGAAAUGUGUGAAGCUGGACCGGCCCCGGUUCGAGCGUGUGCUGGGUCCCUGCUCGGAUAUCCUCAAGAGGAACAUCCAGCAGUACAACAGUUUUGUAUCACUGUCUGUCUGAAACCUUCCUCCCUGUCCAAGCCAUGCUUCACAAAUGCAGACUGCUUUCUUCCCCUUGUGCAGAGCCACUGGCAUUUGCAGCUUCCUGUCCUGUUAAAAAAAAAAAAAAAAAAAAAAAAAAAAGGAAAAAAA